ACAUUUUUGCUUCCAAUACAUUCCAAGGAUGACAAGCCUAAUAGUGCUUUGUGUUUCUCUUUGCACACUUUGCAUUUUGCAAAGCAGUAUCUUAGUUUAUGGGGACCCUGACACGGAUGACCAGGAAUCCAAACCCUUGAGAAGGACGGUUAGAGAGGUCAAUGCCCCUGCUGCUGUAGACUGUAAAAUGAGCCCCUGGUCAGAGUGGAGUGAAUGUGAUCCAUGUUCGAAAAAAAUGUUUCGUUCAAGGAGUGUUGAAACAUUUGGGCAGUUUAAGGGGCUGGUCUGUACUCAGCCAAUAGGAGACAGUAAAUCCUGCAAAACUCAAGCUGUGUGUGAUCACGAGGAGCCCCAGUGUUCAGAAACACAUUUUUUGUGUGAUUCAGGUCGCUGUAUUAAAAAGAGACUGGAGUGUAAUGGAGAUAAUGAUUGUGGAGAUCAUUCUGAUGAGAACUGUGAUGAGGAACCAAAGAGGCCUCCUUGUCAGAACCGUGAUAUUGAAGUGUCAGAGCUAGGAAGAACAGCAGGAUAUGGCGUCAAUGUGCUUAGAAUGGAGCCCAGAAGUAAUCCUUUUGAUAAUGAAUACUAUAAUGGAAAUUGUGACAGAGUUCGAGAUGGAAAUACCAAGCAGUAUUAUCGCAGACCUUGGAAUGUUGCAACUCUAUUAUAUGAGACAUUUGCAGAUGAAUCGUUCUCAAAAGAGGUAUAUGAAAAUUCAGAUUCUCUGGUGAAAGAUAUUUUGACAGAGACCUCUCUUGGAUUUGAAGUGGGGAUGUCAUUCAAGAUCAAGCCAACAGAAGGUCCCAUCAGUGCUGCUAAUGGCAGUGUUGACAUCAAUUUGGAUGCCAAUUUCAAUAGGAUUGAAACCUUGAACACAUUAAAUGAAUACUCUGUUAAAAAGACACAAUCCUUUUUGCGAGUGAAAGGUAGAAUUCAGCUGGGUACUUUCAGAAUCCGGAGCCGAGACCUUAUGCUUGCAGACACAUUCGUGGAAGACUUAAAAUUUCUACCAGUAGAGUAUGAGAAAGGGGAAUACUUCAGGUUUUUUGAGGACUAUGGUACACACUAUGCUGUUUCUGGGAAAGUAGGAGGCCAAUACGAUCUUGUCUUUGUGAUAAAUAAACAGGAAUUAAAAAGACGAAAUAUGGAAGUUAAAGAUGUCCAAGACUGCCUUGGAUUUAAUUUGGGAAUGGACAUUAAUGCAGCGAGCAUGAGCACAUUCACAACUAAUAUUAAACCCGAGUUCUGCAAGAAAACUAAAGAUGGAACAACUGGUACGAAGACUACUAAUGGUGUGAUUGAGAACACUCUUUCCUUAGUCCAUGGAGGAACUGUUGCAUAUGCUGCUUCCUUCAGAAAGCAGAUUAACGAGGAGGGUGUGGCAGAUGUGUCUUCCUAUAUAGAGUGGGCCAAAUCAUUAUCGGAUGCUCCUGUACUGAUUGAGACUACACCAACUCCAAUAUAUACAUUAGUGCCAGUGACAAUGCAACAUGCAAACAUAAAGAAAGAAAAUAUGGAGAGAGCCCUUAAUGAUUACAUCGCGGAGUACAAUGUGUGCAAGUGCAAGCCAUGCCAAAAUGGUGGCACAGUAACACUGCUGGAUGGGAAAUGCAUCUGUCUUUGCCCCAUAAAUUAUGAAGGUCUUGCCUGCCAGACUUUAAAAAAGACUGACUUAAAAGAUGUUUUUCAAAGUACCACCCCCGAAGGAAACUGGGGUUGCUGGUCUGCCUGGUCUCAAUGUAGCAGCAGAAAGCGCACCCGCACUCGCACGUGCAACACAGAGGGGUCAGGGGGCACUUGCAAAGGGGACACUUCCAGCUCUGACUACUGCUAGGAGGCAUCUGUAAAAGGCAUGACCACCAAUAAGUAACAGCAAGUUGGAGAGAUAAAACUGAAGCUUUUACAAUCUAAGAUCUUGUAAAUUAACUUUGAAAUAAAAAAUGAAGUUCAAA